AUGGAGAAGACUAAUAGCAAUCCCCUCCAUGUUGAGGGGACCUCCGCUACCCCCUCAGCCGUGGAGGCUGGCAAGCAGGAGACCUUCUAUGUCGAGGACCGGAUCGCGAAUCUCUCCGAGGAGCAUCGCCAGUAUCUCCUGAAGCGACACGGGACUCUCGAUCUCGAUCCGAUCCCCGAUAUGAAUGAUGCAGACCCCUACAAUUGGCCGACGUGGAGAAAAAGAGUCAACCUCACCCUCGUCGUGUUCCACGCCAUGAUUGCUCUUUUCACAGCCGCCUCGAUCCAGUCCGCCUUUGUCAACAUCGCCGCUGAUCUCGGGGUGAGCUUGCAGCGCACCAGCUACCUAGUCUCCCUCUUCAUCGCCGUGCUCGGUGGCGCACCUCUAUUCUGGCGACCUCUCAGCAAUCGCUACGGACGUCGACCUAUUUUCCUCAUCUCGUUGAUCUGUGCUGUGGUCGGUAACGUAGGCUGUGCCGUGAGUCACUCGUACGCGACGAUGGGUCUGUGCCGAGCCAUCACGGCGUUCUUUAUCAGCCCUGCUGCUGCCAUCGGUAGUGCCGUUGUCGCGGAGACUUUUUUCAAAAAGGAUAGGGCGCGAUGCAUGGGCUUCUGGACUCUGAUGGUUACGAUUGGCGUGCCGGUUGCGCCGUUCAUCUUCGGCUUUGUCGUGCUGCGCGUGGGAUAUCGAUGGAUUUACUGGAUACUGGCUAUUACCAACGGUGUCCAGUUCAUCGUUUACUUCUUCCUCGGCUCCGAGUCGCUGUAUCUUCGCACUUACAACGCGCCUCGCCAGGUGACCAGCGUCGCAGAGAGUAUCUACAAGUUUCGCCGCAUCGACCCGACCCCCCUGCGCUUCUGGGACUUUAUCCAGCCUUUGAGCUAUUUUAGCAAGCCCUGCGUGGUCAUCCCGGCUUGCGCCUACGCCAUGGUUUUCCUCUUCGGUAGCAUCUGCCUUACCAUCGAGAUCCCCCAGGUCUUCCCUCAGAAAUUCGGCCUCAACACCCAGCAAGUCGGUCUACAGUUCCUGAGCAUCAUUAUCGGAUCUGUCAUGGGCGAGCAGAUCGGCGGGCUGAUCUCCGAUCGGUGGAUGCUUUUCCGCCAGAAGCGUAUUGGCCACCCCCCGGCCGCGGAGUACCGUCUGUGGCUCAGCUACAUCGGCCACGCUCUGACUAUCUGCGGUAUCGUGGUGUUUGCCGUGCAGUUGGGCAAUGCCAGCAAUACCUGGAACAUUACCCCGAUCAUCGGAGCGGCCAUUGCUGCUGGUGGGAACCAGAUCGUUACUACUAUUAACAUUACCUAUGCGGUGGACUGCUACCGUGUGGACGCUGCGAGCGUGGGUGUGUUUAUUACCUUUGUGCGUCAGACGUGGGGAUUCAUCGGGCCGUUUUGGUUCCCUCAGAUGUUUGACAAUGUCGGCUGGGGCGGCGGUGCUGGUAUCGCCGCGGCGCUGAUUGUAGGUGUCAGUGUUAUCCCGACUAUCAUCUUGCAGUGGCGCGGAUCUGGCUGGCGCUGA